CGGCGACGUGAGCGCGCAGGGGGGCGGCGGCCUCGCCUCGUCUGUGUCUCGGCGCCGGGCUCGGGUGGGUGACGCGCAGAGCCGGGGCGAUGUCGGAUUUUGACAGCAACCCGUUUGCGGAUCCAGAUCUCAACAAUCCGUUCAAGGACCCAUCUGUUACACAGGUGACCAGAAAUGUUCCACCAGGCCUUGAUGAAUAUAACCCUUUCUCAGAUUCUAGAACGCCUCCACCAGGCAGUGUGAAAAUGCCUAAUGUACCCAACACCCAGCCAGCGAUAAUGAAGCCAACAGAGGAACAUCCAGCUUACACACAGAUCACAAAGGAACAUGCCUUGGCGCAAGCUGAACUUCUCAAGCGUCAGGAAGAGCUGGAGAGAAAGGCUGCAGAGUUAGACCGCCGGGAACGGGAGAUGCAGAGCCUGAGUCAGCAUGGGAGAAAAAAUAACUGGCCACCUCUUCCUAGCAAUUUUCCUGUGGGACCUUGUUUCUAUCAAGACUUUUCUGUAGACAUUCCUGUAGAAUUUCAAAAGACAGUAAAGCUUAUGUACUACUUAUGGAUGUUCCACGCGGUAACGCUGUUUCUAAACAUCUUCGGAUGCCUGGCUUGGUUCUGUGUCGAUUCUUCGAGAGCAGUUGACUUUGGACUGAGCAUCCUGUGGUUCUUGCUUUUUACCCCCUGUUCAUUUGUCUGUUGGUACAGACCGCUGUACGGAGCUUUCAGGAGUGACAGUUCCUUCAGGUUCUUUGUGUUCUUCUUUGUGUACAUCUGUCAGUUUGCUGUACAUGUGCUCCAGGCUGCAGGAUUUCAUAACUGGGGAAACUGUGGUUGGAUCUCAUCCCUUACUGGUCUCAAUAAGAACAUUCCAGUUGGAAUCAUGAUGAUCAUCAUUGCAGCGCUCUUCACAGUAUCCGCAGUAAUUUCACUCGUCAUGUUUAAAAAAGUCCAUGGACUGUACCGUACAACAGGUGCCAGCUUUGAGAAGGCCCAGCAAGAGUUUGCAACGGGCGUGAUGUCCAACAAGACUGUCCAGACUGCGGCUGCAAACGCAGCUUCCACAGCGGCAACCAGUGCGGCGCAGAAUGCCUUCAAGGGUAACCAGAUGUAGAGAGCCUCGCAGCAGCACACCGUACCUUGGACUGUAUUUUCCCUCCGGUUACUGUAUUCUACAGAUAUUUUUAUGUUGGAAACACACAGUACACACAGCAUGGGUAGUUCCUGUUCACAUGUGCAUGGUCCAAAACCAGAGAAACUUCCUCGUCUUAUUACUUUGCCUAAUAGUUUCUUAAUAUUUCCACGCCCCUCACAGAAGAAAACUAUUAUCUGCUAAAUAAAUAUUCUCCAUAUUUUUGGGGGAUGGUGUUCCUCAGAUUAUUUCAGUGAUGACACACUGAAAUGAGUAUGUGACUUAAGAUUUAAAAAACACUCGAUACUAACCACAGUAGUUCUUCCAAGUGUCAGUAGAGCUAAGGAUUAUACGUUGGAAAUGAGACCACGUUUGUUUCUUUUCUUUUCUUUUUUUUUUUUUCUCUAUUAAUAUUGCAGGAAUAAGGCCAGCAAAGACUUGAGUGUUUUUAAAUGGGCUUGCUUUCUAUGAGGUUCGGUCACCAGUGAAGAGCCUGUGUGCUUUGUUGUAGAUAAUGUAUAUUUUAUCUUCUUUUACUUUAUUUUUAGACUAGUUAAUAUUUUGAUAACAAUCUCGUAUCUUGCAUGGGUACCAUGUCUCUUAAGUGAAAUGAAUUAGUAUUUUGGGUUCUGUACUGCUUAUAGUGGUAGGAGCUGGGGCUCUUUAUAGAAUCAGAAAUCAUUUUCUGUAAUAGUUUCUUUUAAGUAAAAAAAUUUACUGGCGUAUAAAGACUUUAAUAUAAUGUGCAGUGCAUUAUCCAAAAGAGAAGGUAGUGAAUUGAUGCAAUAGGAUGUAGUGAUAAUUCCUUUCUGCCCUCUUCAUUUUCAGUAUUCAUAUAGUAAAAUUUUACUGUAUGGAAACUUGGGUAUAUUCUUCUGGCUAAUCUUUUAAUUCAUCUGGGAUUGUAUUUGGCAGCUUUGUGUGUGUGUGUGUGUGUGUGUGUGUGUGUGUGUGUGUGUGUGUG